AUGACCCCAGACUCAGGACCCCGGAGUCUGGGCAGCCACGCGGGGGUACUCUUGCCCACCCCCAACAGCAGCGGCCUGGGCCCCACGUUCCAAGGCUACUGGCCCGAGAUCCCGGAGCAGCGGUCCCCGUGCGUGGCCGGCGUGGCUCCCAUCAUCUACUACAGCAUCCUGCUGAGCCUGGGGCUUCCUGUCAACCUCCUGACCGCCGUGGCCCUGGGCCGCCUGGCCGCCAGGACCAGGAAGCCCUCCUACUACUACCUGCUGGCGCUCACGGCCUCGGACAUCGUCACGCAGGUGGUCAUCGUCUUCGUGGGCUUCCUCCUGCAGGGGGCGGUGCUGGCCCGCCAGGUGCCCCAGGCCAUGGUGCGCUCUGCCAACAUCCUGGAGUUCGCUGCCAACCACGCCUCGGUGUGGCUGGCCGUGCUGCUCACGGUGGACCGCUACAGCGCCCUGUGCCACCCUCUGCACCACCGCGCCGCCUCGUCCCCAGGCCGGACGCGCCGGGCCAUCGGCGUGGUGCUGGGCGCAGCGCUGCUCACGGGCAUCCCCUUCUACUGGUGGCUAGACGUGUGGCGGGACGACGACCCCCCCAGCACGCUGGACGAGGUCCUCAAGUGGGCGCACUGCCUCACCGUCUACUUCGUCCCCUGCACCAUCUUCCUGGUCACCAACUCGGCCAUCGUGUGGCGGCUGCAGCGUCGGGGACGGGGCCGGCUGCAGCCGGGCGUGGGACGGAGCACGGCCAUCCUGCUGGGCGUCACCACGCUCUUCACGCUCCUCUGGGCGCCCCGCAUCAUCGUCAUGCUCUACCACCUCUACGUGGCCCCCGUGCACCGGGACUGGAGGGUCCACUUGGCGCUGGACGUGGCCAAUAUGGUGGCCAUGCUCAACACCGCCCUCAACUUCGGCCUCUACUGCUUGGUCAGCAAGACUUUCCGGGCCGCCGUGCGGGGGGUCAUCCACGACGCCCACCUGUCCUGCACGCUGGGCGCGCGACUGGAGGGCGCCAGAGGGGCGCCUGUGCUGAAGUCCCCGGGGUCCCCCCAAACCCAAAGACCAGGGUUGUAG